AUGGCAGCGUCAACGGAAGCUCUUUCGUUCUCCAACCUCUAUCCUAAUCGACCGAUACGUCCGCUGCCAAAGCGUCGACUAAGGGAACGUCUGUCACCCGAAGUGGCGGAGUCGAUUAAAUAUCCUCCUUCGACGCGGAUUCCCUCGAUUUUCUAUCCAGCAUACCCAACCGACAUCGCAGAGGAUGGAUAUCAUAGAGAAGAAGUGCCACACUCGCGCGACACAGCCGAUGGUAAUACACCAAACGAUGAGGUCCGUCAAUUCGUUGGAGCAGGUGGCGAUGCAUCUCGGAAUGGGGUCGACGUCGAACCUGGCGAUCGUCAAGGCCCAAGGAGUGCGAUGGUCCCCAGAUCACCGCCAGAGAUCUUGUCCAACCGGUCUGGCGCGCGGCAGACACCGCAGAUAGACCAAACUCGUCAUCCGAACUCUAUGCUUCCAUCGACGGAUGUUUCGACGGACGGAUAUGAGUCGUAUGAGAACACAAACAACAAGAAGAAACGGAAAAUACCGACGGCGGGCGAUUCAUCGCUCGGCAGUUCCCACUCAACAUCCGAUGGCAGCGCGGUCCCCAUAUCGGCCGGGCUUGCUGCUGUACAUAUGCAAAAUGAUACUCUCGGGAAUUCGCAAUAUGGAGCCUUGCAUGGCUCGUCUGUGAACAACAAAGGCAUCUCUGGGGCAGGGCGGGGUAUGUUUGGUCGAGUGAGGAACGGAAGGAGUCCUCUCAGGACUCUCUCCAACGCCAGCAACUGGACUGAUCGAAACGCCAAACCCCGUCCUGCUGGGCAAUGGGCUUCUCCCUGUGCUGACGCCCCAGAGCGAGGCAUCAUCUCAUCUGCCAUAGCAAAGGCAAGUAAGACACCUACUGACCAGGGACAAGAAAACAUUAGCCUGCUUCAGAACCCCUCGGUGGUGCGCUCCACCCCCGCAUCCACCCAGUUUACAUUCACAUGCGAAUCCCAAGUCCCUGGCACUUAUAGAGGGGACCUUGUCGGAUCCGGGCUUCCACCGCCCGGAUAUAUGUCCAGUUCCAAACAAUCCAGUAUGGCACAUGCCAUGGGCUCAUUGAAUGAACCGCCGCCGGGCCACCAUGACGGGCUCAAAGGACCGGGCCAGUCUUCGGGCGUACGACAAAAGAAGAACCGAAAGAGUAUCGACCGAGAACUCGAGGAACAGGCUAGACAGCGCAGGGCCAAGGCACAAGAAAAUCGGCGAAGAAACCCCGUUCCCCCCGAAGAGGAAUGGGUGUGCGACUUUUGUAUCUACGAGAGGAUCUGGGGGAAGCCAUCUGGUUUGGUCCGAGCAUACGAAGAACGAGAGCGACGAGAACGCAUUGCAGAGAUGAACAAGAAACGCCGCUUGGAACAGGUGAAAGCGCGCAGUCGCAAGAGCAAGAAGCAACCGAAGAGUACUGGCGGCAAGGCUGGUAAUGCGACGAAGUCCCAUCACGACAUCCCCGAGCACGAUGCCCCCGGCGGCGUUCAUGGGGACCUAGGUUCCGACGAGGAUGACGGAACUUCCGAGGAGUACGCAGAUGAGUCCUUCAAUCAUAUCGAUGAUGUGGACGAAGGUGAUCUGGCUUCUGUCGAAGGCGAUGUGAGCAAUACGGGCCAUAUCAGUCAUAAUUACCAUAGAAGCAAUGGUGGUGGAGGAGACGGCGAUGCUAGCAGUCUGUCGAGAGGCAGGCCUGAAGCUCAUGGGCUUGUCAAAUAG